AUCUAUGGGGCGAAACGAGAUGCAAUGAACCCGAGAGCGAGCGAGACAGCGACGAGCGCGACGGACACACACCGGAGCCGCUCCAUGGGGGAUCGGCCGCAGUAGGAGCGGCUCCCCCCGGGUACGAUCCGCCCCUGUUCCCCCCUCGGGCCUCUGGAGGAGGAUGGCGACAGCGGCCGCCCCGACCCAGCUGGAAGCCGAGCUCUACUACCUGAUCGCCCGCUUCCUGCAGUCCGGACCCUGCAGGAAAUCCGCCCAGGUGCUGGUGGAGGAGCUGGAGGCGCACCAGCUGAUCCCCCGCCGCCUGGACUGGCAGGGCAAGGAGCACCGGCGCAGCUUCGAGGAUCUGGUGGCAGCCAAUGCACACAUCCCUCCAGACUAUCUUCUGAAAAUCUGUGAGAGAAUUGGACCCCUCUUAGACAAAGAGAUCCCACAGAGUGUUCUUGGAGUGCAGACUUUACUAGGCGUGGGACGGCAAUCUUUGCUAAGGGCAGCAAAAGACUGCAGGCAUACGCUAUGGAAGGGAUCUGCAUUUGCAGCUCUUCACAGAGGCCGACCUCCCGAACUACCUGUAAAUUAUGGGAAGCCACCAAAUGUGGUAAAUAUAAUUUCUGCCAAGCAAUUAACUGGAUAUGGACGCUUCAACCAUUUGUUCCCAUCAUCCAACUAUCAACAUAUGAAGAUGCACAAGAGGAUUCUGGGGCACUUAUCAUCUGUAUAUUGUGUAGCAUUUGACCGCAGUGGGAGGCGAAUUUUCACAGGCUCAGAUGAUUGUUUGGUGAAAAUUUGGGCUACAGAUGACGGUCGUCUGCUCUCAACGUUGCGAGGACACUCAGCUGAAAUUUCUGACAUGGCUGUUAACUAUGAAAACACAUUGCUGGCUGCAGGCAGCUGUGAUAAGGUAGUCAGAGUAUGGUGUCUACGAACCUGUGCACCAGUUGCAGUGCUGCAGGGCCAUUCAGCUUCCAUUACGUCCAUACAGUUUUCUCCAGCAAGAAAAGGAAUAACCCGAUACCUCACUUCUACUGGUGCUGAUGGAGCAAUCUGUUUCUGGCAGUGGCAUGCCAAUACAAUUAAAUUUAAGGAUCGCCCCGUGAAAUUUGCUGAGAGAUCCAGGCCUGGAGUUCAGAUAUCUUGUUCAUCUUUCAGCUCUGGUGGCAUGUUCAUUGCAACAGGUAGCACUGACCAUGUGAUAAGAAUAUAUUAUUUGGGCUCGGAAUCGCCAGAGAAAAUUGCUGAGUUAGAGUCCCAUACGGACAAAGUAGUUGCAGUUCAGUUCUGUAACAAUGGUGACAGUUUAAGAUUUGUCAGUGGGAGCAGAGAUGGAACAGCAAGAAUAUGGCAAUACCAGCAGCAGGAAUGGAAGAGUAUAGUCCUGGAUAUGGCUACUAAAAUGACAGGUAACAACUUGGUAUCUGGGGAGGACAAAGUAACUAAACUGAAGGUUACUAUGGUGGCUUGGGAUCGAUACGAUUCCACUGUCAUCACUGCGGUCAACAACUUCCUUUUGAAAGUAUGGAACUCGACCACGGGACAGCUUCUUCAUAGUUUAUCUGGCCAUGAUGAUGAAGUUUUUGUUUUAGAAGCACAUCCAUUUGACCAAAGGAUCAUGCUUUCUGCAGGUCAUGAUGGGAACAUUUUCGUUUGGGACCUUGACAAAGGAACAAAAAUUCGCAAUUACUUUAACAUGAUUGAAGGCCAAGGCCAUGGUGCUGUUUUUGAUUGCAAAUUCUCACCAGAUGGACAGCAUUUUGCCUGCACAGACUCACAUGGGCAUCUGCUAUUAUUUGGUUUUGGAUGCAAUAAAUAUUAUGAAAAGAUUCCAGAUCAGAUGUUCUUCCAUACGGAUUAUCGGCCACUGAUUCGUGAUGCUAAUAACUAUGUGCUGGAUGAACAGACCCAACAGGCUCCACAUCUCAUGCCUCCCCCAUUCCUGGUGGAUGUGGAUGGAAAUCCACAUCCCACAAGAUACCAGCGUCUUGUACCAGGACGGGAAAAUUGUAAGGAUGAACAACUUAUUCCUCAACUGGGAUAUGUGGCUAAUGGUGACGGUGAAGUGAUUGAACAGGUGAUUGGGCAGCAAACCAAUGACCAGGAUGAGAGUAUUCUGGAUGGAAUGAUUAGGGAGCUGCAGAGAGAACAAGAUCUGAGGCGAAUGAAUGAAGGAGAAGCUAUCCCAAACCCUCCAUACAGUAGAUCACACUCUAUUAAUGGUGCUCUUAGAAGUCCAGGUUUGGACUCCCCACCAAAUGUUGGUCUCAGACGAAGCGGUCAGAUUGAGGGGGUCCGGCAAAUGCAUCUCAAUGCUCCUCGCAGUCAGAUGGCCACAGAGAGAGAUCUCAUGGCCUGGAGCAGAAGAGUAGUGGUGAAUGAGCUGCAUCCAGGGGUUAGCAGGGUUCAGGAAGAAUGCCGAGCUGCCAAAGGUGAUAUGGAAGUUAAUCUUUACACUGUUGAAAAGAGGAGAAAACCAUCCCACACCUUGCAAAGGAGUGAUUAUCAACCUGGCAGUGGACGAUCUUUGAGAAGAAACCAACGUAAACGCCAGCAUGCCUACCAAACACGCUCCACCAUUGAACACAAUCAGCAGGGAGCAAGUCAAAAUGCACGUACAAAGGAAGAAUCUGAAAGCUCCUCCGAGGAAGAUGAAACAGUUGGCACAAGUGAUGCCUCUGUAGACGACGCUGUGGCUGUAUGGCAAAGUGAAAGCAGUUCCAGUGAUUCUUCAAGUGAAUAUUCUGACUGGACAGCAGAUGCUGGAAUUAAUCUCCAGCCUCCAAAGAGACAAACCAGACAGGCGACUCGGAAGAUCUGUAGCAGCUCUGAAGAUGAAAAUCUAAAGGAAGCUAAAGGAUUGGAAGAGAAACGAAGGAAACCCAAACAGACUAGAAAAAAGAAACCAAGUGGAUUACUUUCGAUGGAAGGUGAACCCAGUGAAGAAUGGUUUGCACCCCAGUGGAUCUUGGAUACCAUACCACGUCGUUCACCCUUUGUCCCACAAAUGGGAGAUGAGAUUAUAUAUUUUAGGCAAGGCCAUGAAGCUUAUGUACGGGCAGUAAGGAAGGCAAAAAUUUACAAUGUUAACAUGCAAAAACAACCAUGGAACAAAAUAGAACUCAGGGAACAAGAACUUGUGAAGACUGUAGGAAUUAAAUAUGAAGUCGGACCUCCUACACUCUGCUGCUUGAAGCUUGCAUUUCUAGAUCCAAUCUCAGGCAAAAUGACAGGAGAAUCUUUUUCCAUUAAGUACCAUGAUAUGCCAGAUGUUAUUGAUUUCCUUGUGCUGCAUCAGUUUUAUAAUGAAGCCAAAGAAAGGAACUGGCAGAUUGGGGAUAGGUUUCGCAGUAUAAUAGAUGAUGCUUGGUGGUUUGGAACGGUGGAGAGUCAGCAGCCUUUCCAGGCAGAAUAUCCUGAUAGUUCCUUCCAGUGCUACAGCGUUCACUGGGACAACAACGAAAGAGAAAAGAUGAGUCCAUGGGACAUGGAACCAGUUCCAGAAGGAACUGCUUAUCCAGACGAGGUUGGUGCUGGAGUUCCCGUGUCCCCAGAGGAACUGACAUCUCUGCUGUAUAAACCCCAAGAAGGAGAAUGGGGGGCCCAUUCCAGAGAUGAAGAAUGUGAACGAGUUAUUAAGGGAAUUGAUUAUCUUCUGACCCUUGAUAUUUCUAACCCCUUUGCUGUUCCAGUGGACCUUAGUGCCUAUCCCAUGUAUUGCACUGUAGUUGCUUACCCAACUGACCUCACCACAAUCAGGAGGAGACUUGAAAACAGAUUUUAUAGGAGAAUCUCAGCAUUGAUGUGGGAGGUUCGAUACAUCGAGCAUAAUGCUAGGACUUUCAAUGAGCCAGAAAGUCCUAUAGUUAAAGCAGCCAAAAUUGUAACGGAUGUCUUACUUCGCUAUAUUGGGGAUCAGAGUUGUACUGAUAUAUUGGAUGUAUAUAAUAAAGUGAAAGCAGAAGAUCUAAGCAGUACUGAUGAAGAGGAGGAGAUACCCUGGGAUCCACAUUUACUUGGCAAACAUUGUGGCUUAUUGCUCAGGGCAGCAAACCCUACCUCUCCCCUGCAGAACAAUGUGAGAAUCUCCACAAGGGAUCAUCAUGGAGUUUUCCACCCUGUAGCAGAAGUAGAUGUAGAUUCAGAUGGGCCUGGAACUUCAUGUGGGAAAAGAAGAGUAAGACGACCAAUAAAAAGGCAGCCCUUCAAAGCAAGCCCUGGUGCUUGGAAAGAACAGUGCAAGCAGUUGUUAAGCCUAAUAUAUGAACGUGAGGACUCCGAGCCUUUUAGACAGCCAGUUGAUCUCUUCUCCUAUCCUGACUAUCGAGAUAUUGUAGACACUCCAAUGGAUUUCAGCACUGUGAAAGAAACUUUGGAAGCAGGAAAUUACACCAAUCCUCUGGAAUUUUACAAGGAUGUUCGCUUAAUAUUCUGCAACUCUAAAGCUUACACACCUAAUAAAAAGUCACGGAUCUAUAGCAUGACGCUUAGACUAUCUGCCUUAUUUGAAAAUCAUAUUAAAAACAUCAUCUCUGAAUACAAGUUGGCCAUGCAGUGUCAAAAGAGAAAUAAACCACGAUACCGAAAACGACUAAGGAGCAGUAGUAGUUCACCAUCUAGUAGCAGAGCAUCCAGCCCUAAAGGGAAACAGAAACAAGUGAAGAUGCAACCUAAAAUCAACCAGAAUACCUCACUGCCUUUGACUAGGACUAGCUCUUCAGUUUCAUCUCAUGUUUCAGAUACUACCGAGGAGGCUCUGGGUUCAGCCAUUGGUGAAGAAACAGAGGGCCAACCAUCCUCAUCCGGGUUAAAUACACAGAACCGAAGUGGAAAUAACAUUGAUCCAGGGAAAAAUAGACUAGUCAGGAGUAAAUCCACACCAGUUAAACAAGAUCAGUCUCUUGAUGGACCACUUACAAAUGGGGAUAGCAGAGAGCCUCGGAUAGCAGUCAAGCGAAAGUUAGUAAGUGCCUCAGAAGAGGAGGAACACCUAGAGGAAGAGGAGAAAAAGAGAGAAUUAAAAGAAAAACCUGGUUUAUCUUCAUCAGAAAGUGGGGAGUCAGGAUCCAGUUCAAGCUCUGAAAGCAGAUGUGGCUCUGAUUCAGAUUCUGAAUCAACCUCUAGAACAGAUCAGGAUUACAUUGAUGGAGAUCAUGACUACAGUAAAGUUGUGCAAACUAAACCCAAAAGAAAAAUUAAAAGGAAAAUUUCUAGUGGGAAAAGAAAUUGGCAGGGCAGAGGGACAGGGAGGAGAGGUAGAUGGGGCAGAUGGGGUAGAUGGAGCAGAGGGGGAAGAGGUAGCAGAGGAGGAAGAGGAGGCUGCAGCAGAGGAAGAAGAGGAGGCAGGGGAGGAAGAAGAGGCAGAGGAGGUAGAGGAGCUUCACGAGGAGCAACCAGAGCCAAACGUGCACGAAUGGCAGAGGAUGAAUUUGAGAAUCUGUUUGGAGGCCGAUUUGGUGAGAAUAUGUUUGGAGGACGAUUCAGUAGGCCACCACGAAUUAAAACAAGGAACGAGGGCAGGAGAACUGUUUUAUAUAAUGAUGAUUCAGAUAAUGACAACUUUGUGCACACCGAGGAUCCUCUGAAUCUUGGUACUUCCAGAUCGGGCAGGGUGCGGAAAAUGACAGAAAAAGCCAGGGUCAGCCAUCUCAUGGGAUGGAAUUAUUGACAGAUAAAAAUCUUGGAAAAAUUUCAAAUGAACUUCAAUGGCCUUCUACUGCAGGGAUUUUACCAGAAAAUCUACCAAGCAAGUUGUGGGGGGACUCCACUCACUUUCUACAGUGGUGCUUUUCCAUUAUGCCAGUAUACAUUUGUUUUAAGACUUCAGAUUGCCACACUUAAUUGGUCAAAAAAAGCCUUACUUAUUAGUCCUUAAAUUACAGAAAUUCUUCCCCACGCACUACAAGUUCAUUUUGUUUCAAGGAGCUUCCAGCUUCUCAAUAAUAGCAUGACAUUUUGAAUCAUGAUUAUGAAAUCUCUCCUUUGUUUUGUUUUUUUGUAUUAUAGAAAUAGCACCUUCUUACAGAGUUUUUAUAUGGUUUGUCAUAAAUCCUUAUACACAGUAAUAAUUAUAACUUUUGCACAAUACACCAAUCCUAAAGGCAGCUAUAAAGUGUUUACCAUUUCUAUAUUGUAAGAAGGAUCUGGAUUAUUUUAAUCUUCCCAGGCCAAACUUUCAUGAAUUGUGCUGAACUGAAGUAUGUUUAUACUACAGUUUAGGGGGGGUUGAAAUGCGUUCUGUUGGUUCGUAAUUCAUGUAAAAAGUGAGAAAAGGGUUGGUGCCUUGUAAAUAUGUAGCAAACCUUUGAUGUGGUGUGUCCUAAUGUGUGCAUUAACUUUAUUAAAAAGAGAAUACUUGAGAAGUAUGAAUAUCUAGACAGAAGGUGCCAAAUGCAAAAGUUACUUGCAUCUAUUUUCUUUUUGUCCUCUCAUAUUUUUAUAGCAUUAAUAGAGAUUGUGCAGCAAAGGGUUAAUUUCAACAUUUGAAAGGUUUCUCCUCUUCACAGCAUUACAUGUCUUAAUAGUAGCUCAGCUACCUCUGUUUACAACUACUGGAAACUUAAAAUAGAUGUUAUUCUGCAGUGCUUAUAGAAGAAGAGGCAAGGAUGAGUACAGCAGGGAUGGAAUUGCUCAAAUAGUGAAGAAACCAUUUCUUUAUCAUAUUGACGCUCUGAAACAAACCUUAGUGUAGCUAUCAAAGCUUUCACAAGCCUAAUAUGCUUUUAGCAGAUGGUAAUUUGUUGGGCAAACAGCCAGUGGGCUCUCACAUAUUUCUGGUGUCGCUUAUUCAAUGAAAGUCUGUUUCUGUUUUUAAUUUGAUUAUUGAAACUUUCAAAGAAACCUAAAUUGAGCUAUCGUGUCUCUACUGGCUACUCAUAUUUUUGUAUCAUUACUGAUAAGUUUCCAUUCAUAUCAUUGACAAGAGUCCUUGUAGCUCAAGCUUCCAGAAGAGAAUUCACAUUGUACUGUACUCUUGCCUUGUAAAUGUUGCAUUGAAAAAUAAUAACUUGCACUCAUUCUGGCAGUAAUAAUACAGUAUGCAAUGCUAUGAGGGAAAUGUAGGGUUAGGAGAUUACUCUGUAUCUUGCUCCUCAGGCUGAAUGACUGACUGUGUUUAAUUAAUUGGAACAUGCUUGUUCUUGUGGAGUGAGAAUGAGAGUUGCAGCCUUCUACUUUGUAGGGUCCAGUUAAAAGAUUUGUGGGACUCUGUCAUGUUAGAGCAAGGAAGAGACACCUAGCUGACAUCUCUAGCUGAGUUGAGAUAGUGAAUCAUUGAUUACACGAGAAAAAGGGAUGAGAGAGGAGGUUUGGAAAUCGAAAUAAGUAAGGGAUGAAAUUCUGAAAUUUCUUCCUCAGUGUGCAUCUUUUAAAAGUUGGUCAAUAAUUCUGGAAAACCUGCGGGGGGGGGGGGGUACGCGGGGGGACAGUGAAGUGUAUAUUCUCAUGCAUAUAUAGAUUUGUUUCUGGCCUUUUUUUAUGACAAAUAUUAUCAGGCUGAUCUCUCUUUGCAACAGUUCUAGUCACGUGCAAGGUAACUGGAACAAAUGCUUUGCGGGUCAUCAGGCUUGGGAGUGGGGAGAAGAAAGCAGUCUAGGUAGUAUAUAGUAAUGAUCUGAAUUUAUGGUACAGUAAAAAUCUCUCAAACUUUUUGUUACAGUCGUCGACCUGAUUAUGCCAAAACUAAUUUCUGGGCAUGACUCAGAUGCUCCAUUUAACAAAGAAAUGGAUACAGAGGAUCUCCUAGCUCUGUGUUGGGCUUUAAAAUACAAAUGCCUGUCCUAUCAUCUUACAUUUUCUUCUGAAUACAUUCUGUAUUCUUCCCUAGAGUUAUUGGUCCUCAUGUCCAUGUAACCAGGAAAAGCAUGGAUAUGUAAGUUCGUAGACAUAAUCAUACACAUUUUAGAUCAAAGUUCUUUUUAACCAAUAUGAAUGCUAAGAUUCCUAUGCUAAAGUCCUGAGAUUCUGAAGAAAUGCUAUUCAUAUAUUUCCGGCUGGCUAAAACUGUAAUUAUUAAUUUAUUUGGGGGGGGGGGAGAGGGGAGGAGGAGGAAAAACAUGGAUUCCUGAAAAAAAUCAUGAUUUCCUAAGUUUAAAUGUAUUUUUAGCAACAAUUAGAAUAAGAUUAAAUAUGUUCUUAAAUGUAUCUUUUCUAUGUAAUGAAGUACUGUGAAGAUAAGAGUAAAACAGCACUUUGCUGUGGUGUAAGUAUUCAUCUAAAAUGUCUUGUUUGGUUCAGAGCCAGGCAGCAGGGUGUGCUGGAACAACAGGGCUGUUGCUUUUUGUAAAGAAUCUGAGAAUUUUUUUUAUUUUAUUUUAUUUUGUGCAUGAAAACCGUUUUAUAAGCAUGAAAGAAAUAACUUAUAUUUUGAAUGCUAUUUUUACUUGAUUUUGUAUCUGGAUUUUUUUUUUUUCCAAUUUAGACAUUUGAUUUCUUUCUCAGCCUCAUUCUGUGGAUUAAUUAUAACUGUAGUAAGUUGGACAGUUUUUCUUUUACUCGGGUGUUAAAUUCAAUUAGAAGCCACUUAAUUAAAGCUGCAUGACACUUGAUUUUACCCUGAUAGCUGCAGCAGGAGCAAUGAAACAAGAAUAGCCCUUGCACCAAAAGGGUUGCAACCCAGUCCUUCAGACCUCAAUCCAAAACUUCUGUGCCCAUUUAAUGCCUCAUUGAAGUCAAUGGGGUUCCAUGCAGGCACAGAGCUCUGUCCACUCCGACUUCAUUGCAGAAUAGUCAGCAAUGUCUUUAUUCAUACAGUUUUAACCAAAAGUAACUUCUGUUUGGGUCCACUCUUUAAUACUUGUGUAUGAAGGUGUUUUGAUCAUAUAUUUAAGAUACUAAUGGUUAACCAAGUCCCUAGUCAGGCUGUAGAUUGCUGAUAUUUAGGUAAUAUUCAAGUACCAGGCUUUCUCCAGAAAUGGGUAUGAAUGUUUAUAGAAGUUUUGAAUGGUCUCACUCCCUAGUGUCUGCAGUUUGAGGGCAUCCCAUUACCAGCCUUAGGAAACUGGACUGCAAAUAGAGCCACCAGCCAGCAGCUACAUUUGAUUUGUGCGUGUUGGAGGGUUCCUUUGAUUCCCCCCUCACCCGCACACACACUUUCAACAGGAGGGGCCUCAAUGUUUGAGAGUGUGCUUGAUUAUUGUGUGUUUUGAAUACCAACUUACUACCUCUGCAGCAUGCCCAGCUCCUGCAGGCACAGGGCACACAGGCCCAAGCUUCGCCCUGAACACUGAUAUGUUGUCACGAGGCCUUCAACCCAGUCCCAGACUUCCAUUUUGCCUCCCCUUAUUUUGCGUGUCUCUGCUCCAUCCCCUUCUGGUUUUGUGGCUUUGUUUCCUCCCUUUUUCCUUCCGUUCUUUGUUUCUCUGUCCUCUCCUAAGAGCCAGCCUAUGCUGCUGCUCCUGCACUCCAUAGUAUUCCCCUGAAUUGUGUCGGCAGGAUCAGCUGACCCUUAAACUCUGACACUCUUGCUGGGCUAUUAGGAAUACAGUAGGUUCUUUCUCACCUGUCCACCUAAAGUCACUUGCCUGUAAAUUCAAGUCAAGCUUUUUUUCUUGCCAAAUUUUGCUUAUUAAGAAACCUUCCAGAAGUGUUAGUAGUAAAUGAAUAGAAAUGUAGAAAGUUCUUGGGCCGGAUUCUCCAUUGUCCUGCACUUUAGGUCUUCAUUUACACCAGUGUAAACACUCAAAUCAGAGCAAGUACUGUUUGCACACUCUGAGGUAAAGGUACAGGCCAGUUCUGACCAUUUGAAUUAAAAAUGUAGGUCUCACCUGACCUCCCAUAUAAAUUGUUUCAUGCUAUUAUCUGAAUUAUCAAGUUUUCUUUAUCUGAACGUGAGUUAAUGUAACACCUGUAAAGCUCAUGUAUUUCUUUUCCAGUGUCUGAGAUAGUGGGAUUAGCAUACAAUUUCACCUGCAUUUUGGAAUAUUCAGUUACAACUCAGCAUCACAAACACCAAUCAGCAUGGUAUAUUUUGAAGGUUUAGCUUAUCUAUCUGUUUAGUUUGGGGGCGCAGGGUAGGGGAGAUCUCUUAUGGUACAUGAAGUAUUCUGAAAUGCUGAAAUAGCUGAAUAGCAUGAGGCAAUUAAUCUGAAAAGUGUUUUCUCUAUUGCCUUUAGUGUGUGUGUGUUUUUGAAAAGGGAGUAAAUCUUGGGUUGUCAUGAGUGCUUUCAGCUGAAAGAAACCUAUACUACUUGAUUCAGGUUCUUACACAGCAUGCAUCAUUGUACUAUCUGAUUUACGUUUCACUCCCUUUUUUCGUUUUGUGUCAGUGUCAAGAGGAUUCAUGCCUUUUUAGCUGAUGUCAUACUUACAGAGCAUGAGGUGUACUCAAGCUUCCCAAUGAAGUAUCCCUCUUCUGUCUCAAUAUCACAUCCUUUCUGGUGUCAUACUUAUGCCCACUUGUACUCUUUUUAAAAACAAACAAACCCUAUAAAAUGCAGCAAUAUGCUGAAUGACUGACCAUUUCCACUAGUAGAUGUUCAGGGCCAAGGGCUCAAUUCUGCAAAGACUUAUUCAAGAAGAAAGCAAUGGGCCUUCUUAUGCAAGUAAAAUUGCUCAUAGCUAUAGCCUGUGCAGGCUUGAGCCCUACAAUAGCAAGGUCUUGCUAGGACAAAAGUAAAGUUUAUUAACUGAACUGGGUGGGGAAGUUAACUCAGACCUAUCUGUAUUUAUAUCUGCUUCAAGUCUGCAAUAAUCCCUCACUUUCAAACCUAACAACUUCACAAACUGCAAAGCAAAGAUUAAAAAGGAGAGAGACGAUGGUAUGUUUUCUUAAAGUAUGAGAGGAGUAAUUCACCUGAAAAACAAGCCAUGUCGGAAAAUUAUCUGUCAUAUUUAUAAUACAAGAAUUGUGAUAUGUAAAAGUAAGAGGAGGCAAAAAUUUUUACAGUUAGGAAACCAACUUGUGAGUGAUUUGAGUUUGAGUUCUUUACACUGUUUGUUUUAAUCAACUUCCCUUAUGAUUAAAAAAUAAAUGUAGACCUAGCUAUUUCUUCUGCACAUAAAUAUGAAAACUGUAUAGUAUAUAAAUACUGAAUAUAAUUGAAGUCAGGUGUGUGAUGGGUAAAAUAUCCAUGUACAGUAAUUAAAAAUUAAGGAAAGAAAAAUUAAAAUGUAUUGCUUCUGACAAUGGUUUUGAGGAGCUGACUACUAAAAGUGAGAUGAAUAUUGGUAAAUAUUUGAAAAUAUGGCUCCUAGAUGUCUAUAUAAUGUGUUCGAUGAACAUUCCAAAUCAUGCAGUAUUAAAAUGAGAAAAUGCAUUUAAUGACUCACUCAAGACUAAUAAUUCACCCUUAACCUGUGCAGAGGAUGACAGAGUAAACAAACCAGUUUUAGGUUAAGGAUGUUAUCAGCCUUAACUUAGUGUAUCCUCCUAUUGUUGGUCUGUAUCACUACUUUAAUGUUUUUAAAAUGUAUUUUUGUGUUUACAUUUCUUGGUGUGUUUGGUUUUGUUUUGUUUGUUUUUUAAACUGUCAUGGCAAGUUUUAUAAAAUGCUAAUUAUUUACUUGAUAGACUGAAGGAGCAGUUAACAAUCUAUGGAUAAAUUUAUAGUUAGUAAUGUAGGAAGCUGUCGUGUUCUUACAAGUAUGUAUUCUAGAAAAUUACUGCACAUGUGCGGUAGUUAAUUUUCAAAUAUUAGUAUAUUGAAUGUUUACACAUUUUUUUUAAAAAACCUCUUUUAUGUAAGUAAGUAAUAGCCUGCAAAAAUUUGGUUUUUAGUGAUAGAAACACAAAGACCUGUUGGAAGCUUGUACGUUUUUACUAUGUUAUGUUUCAGGCCACAGCAAAUUUCUGCAACUGCUAUGAAUCCCUGAAAAAUUAGAUUUCCAGUGGAAUUGCUGUCACAGCCUUAACUCUAGUACGAAAAUGGUGCUAUUACAUAUAUAUGCAUGGAUGUGGGUACCUCAAAUCUGAUAAGUGUUUAAAUGGGAACUUUUAAGUUCAGCAUUUGAUGCUGAAAAUGCAAACAAACUAAUGCUCCUAGAUAGAUAAGGACAGUUAUGCUUUGUGAUUUCAUCAUAAAAUAUUUAAACUUCCAGGCAUAUUAGAACAAUUUCCGAGUCUCUUAUAAAUAAGAAGAUAGUGCAUACCUUCCCAGUUUCUGGGUGCAUUAAACAUUUGUGAAGGUAAGGGUAGUGCAAGAGGGAGAGCGCUUGAAGUGUUAGAGAGCGAAAGGGUCUGUUUGAAUGGAAGAUACAUUUGGUGUUUCUGUGCUAUAUGGUGUUACCAUUCAUAGUGGUUUUACAGGUUUUUUUUUGACCAACAGAUACCCCACUUAGGUUUUCAAAAUGCUUUCUCAGUAAGUGGCAUUCACCCAACAUACUCCUAUAUCUAAGGCUGAUUUUUUAAAUUUUCCCUAGGAAUAUUAAUAUAAGUUAUUCAUUCUUUACAUAAGAAUCAUUACAGCAGACUUCAUUUAGAAAUAUCAGUUUUUACAGUUGAGGGGCUUGGAACAAUGAAAUGGUGCUGUCUAGCCUCGCACAUUUCGGUGUUCUUAACAGUUUAAAAUACUCCACCAAAAAUGCACAAAACUGAUUUGAACUGAUAUGUCUAGUUCCUGUAUUGAUUUUUCAAGGGGAUAUUUAUGCCCAUAUCUUCGCAUCCGCUAUCUCAGGUCCCUUUAAAUGAAUACUUCAGGGAUUUUUAAUGCCACUUGAUGGCAGACCAAAUGUAAUAUUUAUAUGCAACGAGCUGUUAGUUUUUGUAUUGUAAAAAUGUAAAUUUGUAAAGAUUUUUUUCUAGCGUUUUUUUGAAGUCACUUAUGUAAUUUAGGAUGUUUCAUUUUUCCAGCUGUGGGAUUGUCUUAAUAAAAAACCAUAAAUCUUA